AAAUCCCCCUCUUCCUUACAUCUAUAUAUACACCAGUAGAACCCAAUGUACUCAACAACAUACCCAAUACCAAACAUCCAAGUUCAUUGUUAGAUUAUUGAAAACACACAACAGCUCUGUCAAAUGGCAGGAUCAUCAGUGAAGGCAUUCGGGUGGGCUGCCAGAGACCCUUCCGGAGUUCUCUCUCCUUUCGAUUUCUCCAGACGCCCCACCCGCGACCACGACGUUCAGUUCAAAGUAUUGUACUGCGGCAUCUGCCAUUCCGAUCUUCACGCCAUCAAGAACGAAUGGGGCUUCUCCACUUACCCGGUCGUACCCGGCCAUGAGAUCGUCGGAGUGGUAACUGAAGUCGGGUCCAAGGUCCAGAAAUUUCAGGUCGGUGACAAAGUUGGGGUGGGAUGUCUUGUGGACUCCUGCCGGAAGUGCGAUCAGUGCACCAACAAUCUCGAGAAUUACUGUCCCCAAACGGUUUUGACUUACAACACCAUUCUGCCUGACGGCACCGUCACUUACGGUGGUUACUCCGACAUCAUGGUGGUCGAUGAGGAUUUCGCUAUCCGCUGGCCUGAAAAUUUGCCUUUGGAUAAGGGAGCUCCCUUGCUCUGCGCAGGGAUCACCACUUACAGCCCGUUGAGAUACUACGGGCUCGACAAACCGGGCCUCCACAUCGGCGUUGUAGGGCUUGGCGGGCUGGGCCACGUAGCUGUGAAGUUCGCUAAGGCCUUUGGAACAAAGGUAACGGUGAUUAGCACCUCCGUUGGUAAGAAAAAGGAAGCCCUAGAAGGCCUCGGAGCGGACACAUUUCUGGUUAGCCGCGAUCCGGCGGAAAUGAAGGCGGCGGCUGGGAGUUUAGACGGGAUUAUCGACACUGUUUCUGCACAACAUCCAAUCGAGCCAUUGUUAAGCUUGUUGAAGCCGCAUGGAAAGAUGAUCAUGGUGGGGGCGCCAGAGAAGCCACUUGAGUUGCCGGUGUUUUCCCUAAUUAUGACACGGAAGAUGGUGGCGGGGAGCAUGAUCGGCGGGCUGAAAGAGACGCAGGAGAUGAUUGAUUUUGCGGCAAAGCACAACAUACUGCCUGAUGUGGAGAUGAUUUCAAUGGAUUACGUGAACACAGCGAUGGAGCGGCUGGCGAAAGCCGAUGUGAAGUACCGGUUCGUGAUUGAUAUUGGGAAAACACUGAAGAAAGAGGAGAAAGAAGCAACAUCUUCGUGUGAAAUGGCAGGAUCCGUUAAGGCAUUCGGGUGGGCCGCCAAAGACCCGUCCGGAGUUCUCUCUCCUUUAGAUUUUUCCAGACGCCCAACCGGCGACCGCGACGUGCAGAUCAAGGUACUCUACUGCGGCAUCUGCCAUGGGGACCUUCACGCCGUCAAGAACGACUUUGGCUUCUCCACGUACCCGGUUUUACCCGGCCACGAGAUCACCGGAGUGGUAACUGAAGUCGGGUCGAAGGUCCAGAAAUUCCGGGCCGGAGACAAAGUAGGGGUGGGAACUAUUGUGGACUCCUGUCGGAAGUGCGAUCAGUGCGCCAACAAUCUCGAGAAUUACUGUCCCAAGGCGGUUUUGACUUACGGCUCUGUGCUGCCCGACGGCACCUCCACUUAUGGCGGUUACUCCGACAUAAUUGUAGUCGAUGAGGAUUUCGUAAUCCGCUGGCCUGAAAGUUUGCCUAUGGAUAAGGGAGCUCCGUUGCUCUGUGCAGGGACCACCAAUUACAGCCCGUUGAGAUACUACGGACUUGACAAACCGGGCCUCCACAUCGGCGUUGCAGGGCUUGGCGGGCUGGGCCAUGUCGCUGUUAAAUUCAUUAAGGCCUUUGGAUCAAAGGUAACGGUGAUUAGCACCUCCGUUGGUAAGAAAAAGGAAGCCCUCGAAAUCCUCGGUGCGGACGCAUUUGUGGUUAGCCGGGAGCCCGCGGAAAUGCAGGCAGCGGCUGGGACAUUAGACGGGAUUAUCGACACUGUUGCUGCGCAUCAUCCAAUCGCGCCAUUGUUAAGCUUGUUGAAGCCGCAUGGGAAGUUGAUCAGCGUGGGGGCUGUGGCUAAGCCGCUAGAGCUGCCGGUGUUUUCCCUAAUUAUGGGGCGGAAGAUGGUGGGAGGAAGCAUGGUGGGGGGGCUGAAAGAGACGCAGGAGAUGAUUGAUUUUGCGGCGAAGCACAACAUAUUGCCGGAUGUGGAGAUGAUUUCAAUGGAUUAUGUGAACACAGCGAUGGAGCGGCUUGAGAAAGCGGAUGUGAAGUACCGGUUCGUGAUUGAUGUCGGGAAAACACUGAAGCAAUCCGAGUGAGUGACGUAUGACGAAAUAUGUUGUUGUAACCUACGGCUUUGUUUGUUGCUGUUACUGUUCUUGGACUUGUGCUUUUGGUGAAUAAAAAUGUCUGUCGUAAGUUUGGAGUGUUGUUAAUACAAGUGUUAGUUU